AUGUCGGCCGUCUUCAGCAGGAGGGAGUUGCUGGGUGCUGCAACCACCUCCCCAUGGACGAAAGACUUCCGUCACCUCAAAAGCUUCCCCCGACACUGGCUAAAACGCUCUAACAUUCGCGGCGACCCCGUCUUGAAGUCUGUUCGACCCGCCGACCGGAUAAAAUACUGGAAUAUUGUCCCGGGGGACCAGAUUCGCGUCCUUGGUGAUAAGACACGCACUCUGCGCGAGGUUUUGAGUAUAAACCGGAUAAGCAACAGGGUAUUCGUGCGCGGCACGCCGAACGCUGGUGAAGAGGUUAAGCCAGGGAAGGUACCACAGAGCAAGAACUUCCACUACUCGCGGUGUCAACUAUUUGUUGGCAACUAUGAAUUUCCAGCAGAUGUUGGGUCCACCGAACCUCGCAUCCUACCUGUCUAUGCCCAGCGAGUAGGGACAAUGAAACCAUACUGGAAUCGACGGUGUCAUCGUUAUGAAUGGACACGAUUCGCAACGCGAACAGUGCCUAAAAUACCGUACCUCGCAGACGAGAAAAUCACCAUACCGUGGCCUCGACCUGACAAACCAACCCCAGCGGAACCGGGUGCGUAUGAUACCCAAGCGGAUGUUGUGUCAGAAGUCACGUAUAAGCCCCCUCAAUUCCCCGUAUCUCUUCGAGGGCCGCUACCUAGGCCUCCCCCCGAGCAAAAGUUCCUGAGGGCGUUGACGUUACCCGAGGGUGAUUUCGCAGAAUUUGAGGAUGCGCCAGUGGAAGUCUUUCUCUCAAAGGAACUCGCCAACCCCCAUUCUCGCGCCAAGAAGCAGGCUAGAUGGCAGGCUUAUACAUUGUUUACGAAGACCCUCCUUCAAGAUUACAAUGCUGCAGAACUCCGUAGUCUCAAUGGACGAACCCCGAGAGAAGCCAAGGCUGAGGCUGCUUGGAAAUGGAGGGCUAAGCUGGAAGAGUUGAAGAAGGAGCAGAGGAAACAAAGGUGGAAGCACAAGGCUAGCGUCGCAAAGGUAGAGAGGAAGAAUACCAGGAAGGCGAGAAAGGAGCUGAAGAAGAGAGAGAGGCUUACGGCAAUGGUGCUGGAGGAUGCUCCCAAUCAAGUGGCACCAAAGAACAUACAGCUUUAG